AUGCCAGACCAGCUGCUCCUCCUCCUCCUGCUCCCCUUGAUUCCCCUGGUCGCCGUCGUUCUCCAUGCAUCGCCGAUCAAGGCCACCCUUGGGAGCGUCAAGUCUGUUCUAGCAUCGGUGCUCUCCGCCGUCUGGAAGCAGCAACCAGCAAUCAUCCUCGUCACGGACCUCGCGACGGCGCACCGCCUUCUCGUGCGCGGCGCCAGCGCCGGCUCCGGCUCCGGCUCCGGCUCCUUCUCGAACCGCCCACCAUCCAUCUCUCCCAGCGCCAUCCUCUCGCGCCGUCGGUACCAAAACAUCACAUCCGCGCCCUACGGCCAGCAAUGGCGCGCGAUGCGUCACAACCUGACGUCGGAGAUCCUCCACCCGGCGCGGCUCCACCGGUACGCGGGGGCGCGUCGCCGCGCGGUCCUUGGCCUCGUCUGCGACCUCGCCGAGCAGCGCCGCAUGUCCGGUGCGGUCCAGGCGGCCAAGAGCAUCCACUACGCCAUGUUCGGCCUUGUCGCUGCCAUGUGUUUCGGGGACGGCCUCGACAGAGGCCGCGUCCGUGCCAUGGCCGACGAGCAGAGAGACCUCGGCAAGUCCCUGGAUGCGGCCCUCGUGUUCGCUAACGCCAAGUUCCUGGCGGUCACCAGGCUUAUCUAUCGCAAGCAGUGGAAAAAGCUGGCCGCCCUGAGGCAGAAGCAGGAGGAGACGUUCCUACCGCUCAUCGAUUCGCGUCGCGGCCAGUCUAGCGAGCCGCCAGCGUACGUAGACACGCUCAUCGACCUCGAGGUCCCGGAGGACGGCCCGGGCGCAUCCAACGCAAGGCGCCGGCGAAGGCUCUCCGACGGCGAGCUCGUGGGCAUGUGCUCCGAGUUCCUCGGCACCGGAACCGAAUCCACGGCGUCGGCGCUGCAGUGGACCAUGGCCAAUCUGGUGAAACGCCCACACGUGCAGGAGGCCGUCCGGAGGGAGAUAGAUGCCGUCGUGGCUGCAGACGCCGAGGAAGUCGGCGAGGAUGUUCUCGGCAAGCUCGAGUACCUCAACGCCGUGAUCAUGGAGGCGCUCCGGCUGCAUCCUCCCACGUCCUGGGUCUUCAGGCAGGUGAUGGAAGAGGACCAUGUAGUCCACAACGGCCAGCGUGUUCAGGCGGGCACUAGGGUGUUCUUCCAUCUGGGAGCUCUUGCACGAGACAGCGCAGCCUGGGAUGACCCCGAUGAGUUCAAGCCGGAGCGGUUCCUCGCCUACAGCAAAGGUGAGGAACUCAUCGUUGCAGCAGCAGCGGGAGGCGGUGACAUCAAAAUGAUGCCUUUCGGUGGUGGCCGGAGGAUGUGCCCUGCCAGGGACAUUGCCAUGCUCCACAUACGCUACUUUGCGGCCAACCUCGUGAGAGAGUUCCAGUGGAGGGAGGCAGAGGGUGACCUCGCUGUCGAUCUCGAGCCGCAGGCUGAGUUGAUCUUCAGCGCCAUGAAUCGCCCAUUGCGUGCUCACCUUGAGCUUGGACGACCGGGUUGA